GGGUGGUGGCAGCGGGGAUUCCGGAAGGCCACCCUUCACCCGGAAAUGGUUGUUGAGGAACAUGGCGUUGCUGGUGCGAGUCCUUAGGAACCAGACUAGCAUCUCCCAGUGGAUUCCAGUAUGCAGCCGAUUGCUACCAGUGUCUCCUACCCAAGGACUGUGGAGCCGGGCUCUGUCUGGCACUUCCCAGUUGCCCCAGAUGAGCCAGUCCCGAACCUGUGGUGGGUCAGAACAGAUUCCUGGAACAGAUGUGCAGCAAAGUAGGAAUUAUCACACCACAAAUAAGCUUUCUGCUACCAAGGAUUCCCUACAGCCUGUUGAAGAGAAGGUUGGUGCUUUCACGAAGAUAAUAGAAGCCAUGGGAUUCACAGGACCAUUGAAAUACAGUAAAUGGAAAAUUAAGAUUGCAGCCCUGCGCAUGUAUACUAGCUGUGUGGAGAAAACUGACUUCGAGGAAUUCUUUCUAAGGUGCCAGAUGCCUGAUACUUUCAAUUCAUGGUUUCUUAUAACCCUACUUCAUGUUUGGAUGUGUCUAGUCCGAAUGAAGCAGGAAGGCCGGAGUGGGAAAUAUAUGUGUCGUAUCAUAGUUCAUUUUAUGUGGGAAGAUGUUGAGCAGCGUGGCAGAGUCAUGGGGGUUAAUUCCUAUGUCCUGAAGAAGAACAUGAUCCUCAUGACAAAUAAUUUCUAUGCAGCAAUCUUGGGAUAUGAUGAGGGGAUCCUUUCAGAUGAUCAUGGGUUGGCUGCUGCCCUCUGGAGAACCUUCUUCAACCAGAAAUGUGAAGACCCCAGACAGCUUGAAUUGCUGGUAGAAUAUGUGAGGAAACAGAUGCAGUACCUGGACUCCAUGAACGGUGAGGAUCUGCUUCUCACAGGGGAGGUGAACUGGCGCCCUCUGGUGGAGAAGAAUCCACAGAGCAUCCUGAAGCCCCAUGCUCCCACUUAUAAUGAUGAGGGUCUUUGAGAGGCUGGUCCCUCCGGACAGGUGGCCAGCUGGCUUUGAGGAACCUCAGCAAGAAAAGUGCCUGUUUGGCCCAGGAUCCUGCAGAAAGUGGCCUGAACUGACCUUUGAACAGCAGCUGUCAAAUACCUGGCCCCAUUUAUGUUGUUUCCUCUUAGUGUGCCCUGGAGUCUGAUCUGCUUGGGGGUAAUAGUACAGGGAAAACCCCUAGCUCUUCUGACACAUCCUCAAGAGGAUCCCCAAGAAAGAGCACCCUGAAGCACAUACUCCCCAAGUCCUUCCAGCACCACUUGUGACUGACAGCUCUUCCUAGAGGCUUACCAAGGGCUGGGGUAGGUUAGAAAGGAGAUACCUCUAUCAAUGGCUUGCUGUAGCCUAGGAGCAGUUUGCAAUGCUGCCGGGUCAAGACGGGUAGCCACACUCUGUCCUCCAGCUUUGAGACAUAGGAUUGAGUUGGCCAUUAAAAGAAACAGAGACUUAUCUCUGCCAUGGCUUUUAUUUAUUCCAGGAUCUUUUAGGAAUUUCUAUGAGGUGAUGGAUGCCAUAGGCUAAGGAGCACUGCCCAACUCAGUUAAGAGAGAGAGGGGAGAGGUCAGAUAGUCUCUGCUGCUGCUGAUGCCUCUGGUUCUCAGAGAUGUGUCACUCUGGCCAACACACAGUCUGCCAGGCCAUCCUCUGGUAGCCUGGAGAGGUCUAAUGGCCAAGGGGGCUUGUGGCAUCCUAAGUCAUUUAAAGAGGCCUCAAGAACAAAGGUCCCUUUGUUAACCCCCAGUGAAGGGAGUGAAAAAUAUGCUGUCUUUCCUCUCUUGGGCCUCCCCUUAUAUGAGAUAUGGGGGCAAAAAGAACAUUCUUCCUGGCCUCAUUGUACCUUCCCUCUACCCAGUCCCAUGCCAAGCUCUCUAUCCCUUUUCCAACCCUGGAAAAUGUGCUGCAGAGCCACCUUGUCUGAGCACUGGAGUACCAGUUCCCCUCCUCCCUCGGAGUGUGGAUCAUUUCUUGGGGGAUUUUCUUAAAAUGAAGAAAGGGGGCGGGGAACCAUCUUGCCCCUCCUUCCCCCAUCAAAAGUCCUUCACUGAACUUGCUAUAAAAUGAGUCAUAUAAAGAAACUCUAUACGGGUGAGGUAUAUCCCACUUCUGUGAAAACAUUACAAAUCAAACCGCCUUCUCUUGGUUUAUUUAAGAUGCUUUUGUUGCAAGCGGAGCUCCAGAGUGAAGCCUCCUCUGUGUGUGUGAGAUAAUAACACCUUGUAACUCAUUACAGCUGGGCACUAUUUACAUAAACCAGAGCUGAGCCAGGCAGGAAUUUGCUGAUUAAUUUAUUUUUAAUGGAGUGAAGUAUACCAUGCACCAAAAUAAACUUUACUGUGUGUACCUAACUGCUCCUGGAAUGGAUGGAAAAAUUAAUGGAACAGAUUUUGGCUCCCAGCUCUGCACAUUAAUUCAUAUAUAAAAGUUAUUUGAGCAUUAACCCAUUUGCUGCCCAGAAGCUCCCUAACCACAGAUCCCAGCUCACAUCAGUUUAGCUACUGGGCUUCCUUUAGAAUUCCAGCACCUCAGCUUGGGAAGGAACUUUAAAGGUCACUUGGGUCAGCCCUGGUCCAGAACUUGAUUGCCCUUCAUAACAUCCUGGUUGGCCUAUGUUCUUGCAAGUUCUAGCUGAAUCCCUCCAGCAGCAAAUAGAUGGUCCUUGCUUGCAGAGCCUGUAUCCACAGGAUUCAGUAAUCAUCAGACACAGCAACACGUGACAUUUCAAGCAAUGUUUGAAAGAGCCAGAUUGGAUCUGUCAUGUCUCUGAUGUCCCGAUGCCAGCCUGUCUCCCCUUCAAGAUAAAAAGCCAAGUGACUUGGAGGCUUCAGGCUCUUCUUUGACCCCUUUCCAUUCCAGCCUGUCUUUGUAGCUCUCUAACCCAUUUCUUCCCUGAGCAAAUGGAACCACUUGGCGUUACCAGAAGGGACCACAUCGUGUGUUUUCUCCACCAGAACUCAUCUCUUUCACUGCUGACUAAAGAAAUCCCAAGUUUCCUCGAAUGUCACCUCUCCUGUUUCCCUCAGGCCUGGGCACACUGUCCACAGGACUCUUUACAGCGUCCUCUGCUCACUUAGCACCUCCCUUGCCACAUGUGGUGAUUUUUUUUCUCCCACACAGCCGCCUCACACACAGCCUUGUGAGGAGCUUCCAUGUAGAGCGGAUGCUGUGUUGGUGUGGAUCACCCAGUGCUCAGCAGAGUAUCGAAGUAUAUACGGUAUCUGUGUAUACUUSGAUAAAUGAGAAAAUGAAUGAACGACUAAAAUCAUCAGUCAUUAUCAGUAUAAGCCCAAUUUAAAAAAAAAUUCCUUUCUAGACCAUUCUCAGUCUGACCUACAGUUCAGCUUGUUUGAACAGUAAUAGUAAAAUAUUAAGCACCUCCUUUUGCUUUAGCAUAGGAACCAAAACUAAAAACUCCAGCUGAUGUUUUUCUAAUGUAAACUGUUAUUUUACAAAACAAGAGAAGGAUAUGAUCUCUUGCCUCUAGAGAGAUUGCUUUUUAGGAAUGAUUUUUGUCAUUUGUGUUCCAUACUUCUGGGGGAGGAGGAAUCAUAGCAAAUUUAAGAGACAUGUUUAUAAUAAAACUAAGGCUAUAUUAAAGCAAAGUUUGAAAGAUAACAUGCACAUAUUAUUGCAAGGGAA